UAGCUUUGUGUUGAACAAAAACACCACUCGCAUCUCAUGUAACAUUCUUAAAGGGUCUCUUUCUAAAGAACGCAGUUGAAGCAUCCCUACCAAUCAGCUGAAUCUUCAUAUUUCAAAAAGAAUACCAGGUCCAGGAAUUCCUGAAUGCCAUGAUAAUUCAGGUUGUUUUGGUUUCCUGUGUCAUCGACUUGGCUGAUUUGCUAACUAUCAGCCCUCGUGAAGACACCUGCAGGACAGGCUGGUUUGAUGAUGGGGAUGUGACCAUAUUAGGAGACAAGGAGCUCCUGGCGGACCUCCAGCGGAACCAUGGGGAUCACAUCUGCGAGAAUCCAGUGGACAUGGAGGCACAGACAAUCUCAGGACUUAAGUCCUACCAAACCCUAAACACCUUCAACAGAUUUAACUGCACAGAAGGCUUCAUCUGUCUGAAUUCUGAGCAGAAGAGGAGACGAUGUGAUGAUUACAAAGUCAUGUUCACCUGCACAGGAAGCUUCUGCUCAGAGAGCUACGACGCCACCUAUGGGUUUGCCUGUGUGAACGCAGAUCAGAGUGACAGCAGGUGUGAGGAUUAUAGGGUUCGAUUUACCUGCCCAGAAGUGUUCUGCUCAGUAUCCCAGGAGUGCAGAACCGGUUGGUUUAGCAGUGAUGAUCCAUCUGGUGUUGGGGACAUUGAGUCAAUCACCCAUCUUCUCCAGAAAUACCCCGAGCACAUCUGCUACAAUCCCAUUGCUAUCCAUGCGCAGACGGUGGCUGGGAUACCUGCCAAGCACACUGGAAACACCUUUCUCACCUAUGAUGUCACAUAUGGAUUUGCCUGCAUCAAUUCUGACCAAAGCAGUGGCAAAUGUGAAGACUACCGUGUCAUGCUGACCUGUCCUAUGGAUUUCUGCCAAGUGUGCAGGACUGGCUGGUUUGACAUCGACGACCCCAGUGGGCGUGGCGACUACGAGACCCUGCAGCAGAUCCUGGUGGAGCACCCCGAGGGGGUCUGCUCAGACCCGCUGGGCAUCGAGGCCAUGACCACUGCCGGCACUCCUGCCCUGCAGACCAAUAACGUCUUCCAAGUGUACGACGCCACCUACGGCUUCGCCUGCGUAAAUGCCGAGCAGCCGCCCAACAAGCCCUGCGAAGAUUACAAGGUCCGAUUCACCUGCCCUCCACAGUUCUGCGAGCACAGAAGACCGCCGGCAGUGGCAUGAAGGCAGGCGUCGAGACCCUCCCCCCCGGCGUGUUGCAGGGGUCCUGCAGACAAGAGGCCCCUCGGAACCCGUCGCUUCUCGCUGUAGGACUCUCUCACAAAACACCGUUCACUAGCGUUAACAAACAAGGACAACAUUUCUGAACAAGUGCUGCCUUUUCUGAUUCAUAUCAAGUGCAGGCCAUGCGUGGGUUUAUCCUAAUAUGUAUUUUACUGUAAUGCCUCAUUCUUGGUACCUUUUGAAGUAAUAAUAAUAAUAGUUGCUUACACU